GGAGAACGUUUAUAUCUUGUUACAGAAAAUUUUCAACGCAAUGACAAUCAUCUUUUGCAGCAUAAACUCAUAAACGUUGUCAUCGAACUAGAACCAUCGAUAGAUUGUGAAAUUUGGUCAAAUUUUCGAGUGAACGCCGUAAAUCUAACGCAUCCUACGCGCGUGCAGAAGCAUUCAUUGUAGCGUGUGCGCAGCUCAAUGGACGCGCGCAGCUUCUCUUUGUGCUUGUGAAAUGGCAUGCACGCAAAAGGAAGUGCUCCCAUAAAAUAAAGAAUAAGAAAAAAGGUGAUCGGUGAAAAGCUUGGAGAGAGAGAAAGAGGGAGGGAGAGAGAGAGAGACAAUAGAAGUGCCCCCGCAUCCCCAUAAUAGCUGCGCGUGCGCGCAUAAAGUUGUACAGCGGUAAAGGGGGCAUGACCGCGACGGCAGCAGCGUGAGUGGGAGGAACGAACUAGCGAACGAACGCCUCGCAGUCUCUCUCGAUGGCGAAGACGAGUCGGACGGAUAGGUAAAUAAGAGAUUCCCGUAGGCGACGGUGUGUGUGUACGGAGACGCGAGUUUGCAAACAUGGACGCGAGCGCCGAGAGAGAGUGCAGUGCACUAGGCUGCCUCUUCCAACAGAUCAUCCUCGACAUGAAGAACGGGGCUCCACUCUGGGAGGAUCUCAUCUCCAAGGCGACCAAACUGCACACUUGUCUCAAGGCCGCGAUACUCGCAAUAUCAGCGUACCUCGAGGCCUUCCAAAAGAUUGCUGACGCUGCCACCAAUGCUCGAGGAGCUACCAGAGAAAUUGGGACAGCUCUCACGCGGAUUUGUCUAAGGCACAAAGCCGUCGAGACAAGAGUCAAAUCUUUUACCAGUGCUAUAAUGGACUGCUUGAUUAUUCCCCUGCAAGACAAAUUAGAAGAUUGGAAGAAGUCAUUGGUAUAUUUAGAUAAGGAGCAUGCUAAAGAAUAUAAAAAGGCAAGAACAGAAUUGAAAAAGACAUCAAGUGAUACAUUAAGAUUACAGAAGAAAAAAGCCCGUAAGGGUUUACAACAACAGCAGAUUUAUGGCACAUUGCCACAUGCUGUCAGUCAAGGUAAUGCUUCCAGUGCCACUGAUGUUGAACUAGGCAGACUCCUUGAAUCGUCGGCCGCCGUUGUCCAAGAGAAACGCCAAACAUUAGAGGAGACUGAAAGGAAGGCUGUUAGGGCUGCUUUAUUAGAGGAGAGGGGACGGUUUUGUCAGUUUGCCAAAUUUUUGAAACCUGUUCUUGACGAAGAAAUCGCGAUGCUGAUGGAAAUGACGCAUCUGCAAGAAGUAGCAGAGCAGUUGGAGAAACACACAGCGUUACCCCAACAGUUACCACCGGCUUCAGAACAAGUGAUAACAGACUUGAAAGGUCGCGACCCGUCGCAAUGGUCUUUGGCAACUCCACCCUCAAGCCCCUCGCUAUCACUUGGCUCGCGUAAGAGUUCCGUCUGCUCAAUCAGCUCGUUAACAAGUAGCAGCAGCGGAUCGUGUAAAAGCCAUCCAAGCCCUUCGGCUGGCUAUCCAUCGUCGGCUUGGCACCGAUCCGUUUCACAGCAGCCCUUCAAUGGUAUGGUGACGCUGCGUCACCGUCACCGUUCUAUCAACGGUGGUUCGCGCGACUCCGGUUUCACAUCGCUUCAAGAGACACUUUACUUGCAACCAAUGUACAGAAGACAGGUGUCGUGCACAUUACCACAGACUGAUCGAGGAUCGCAACCCACAGCAACUUCGACGUGGCCUGAUCUUCAGCAAGAAACUGCUCGUGUUGAUUCGCAAGAUCCCAAUGCCGCGAACGAAAGACCUCAUACCAUUUCAUCAGCGUAUGAAAAGGGUCAUCAGAGGCCAGCACUGAGUGUCUACACGUUCCAAGCUCCAGAGCAAAGUAGUAGUCAACCAGCGUCGCCGGUUUCGAAUCCUGUAGUAAAUGCACAACUGAACGCGGCGAGAUUGCAACAAAGAAAAAAUAGCAGUGGAAGUUUAGGUCGCGAGAGACCGCCAAUACCAAACAGGUGUUCGAGCUUAGAGAGGCCAACUGUUCCGGCACGAGUCGAUUCGGAUCCCGCGAAUCAGGGCUCCAAUAGUCCCAGAGCUAAAACUAAAUUGCCAAUUCCUGCUCAUCUGGCAAAAGAAUUAGCAUCGCAACAGCCUCACCUAUUCCAUCAGCCCAUGUACGUUAAUAUGCACGAACUGGCAAGUUUGGCGGCUAGCCGAGCUCAAGAAAUGCACCCACCACCACCUCCACCUCCUACUACUACAUCUAACGAUAUUGCAACGACUGACAAUAACACAAAGACUUCGGAAACAACGAAGACUGUCAAAGAAAUAACAGAUACUAUAUUAUCGUCAACUACGAAUGUGAGUAACAGUAACGUGGAGUAUACCGAACGGUUAUCCGUGAGUGCGAUAGUACAACGUCGCAACUCCCUGCAACAAGCAAAUAAACCAGCUCCACCAACAAGACGCGUGUCGGCUAUUGUGGGUGACAGCUUUGACGAUCGCGCCAGUAAUCAUAGCGACGAUCUGGACAGCUUGCCCCCACCACCAGCUUUCUUACUAGAAGGUUCAUCCCCGCCGAGUGCUGCUGGCAGCCCUGCUUCACAGAGAAGGUCCAUUUCCGUAUCAGAAACAGUAAGAACGCUGACGGAAUUACGCCACACUCCAGCAAGUCCAUCCCUUCUGCGCCGUAAAGUCACAGUACAGGCGCACACUUAUGCCCACGCUCAACUAACCCCCGAGGGAAAAACAUUGACUAGAGUGAACGCAGGAUCACGCGAUAGAAAUUCGAGUCCGGACUCGCGUAAUAGCCAACAGUCAAUUCAAGGACCCGGCGGGGUAGCGCACAGUUUCAUGGCGGCGCUGAAUGCCAAACUGACAAGCAGCGUGACUUUAGGUUCCUCGUCGACAGGCGAAAAUUCGGCGAAUAACAGUCCCAAACCCACAAGAAAGCUCACAGUUGACCAGCAACAGCAACAGAAUUCAAAUCGCAGCUCAAGAACAUCCAACGAGUUCCUCGACACGUUCAACGCAAGGCUGUCUCAUCAGCAACCUCAAUCUCAACGAAUCAGUAUGAGAUCUGCAAGCGUAAGACGUCUUAUGGCUAAUAGAGUACCGAUUCUCGAUCCGAUACAGGUCAGAGGCUCAUUAAUGGAUCAAAUACGUAGAGGUACGUCGUUGCGCAAAACUGCCGGACCGAUCAAUGACAGAUCGGCGCCGAAGAUUUACUAAUGUCUAGGGGCAGACAGUUGGCUCUUCUUAUCGAGUACUUUUUAAGCCUUGUUCAUACAUACAUAUACAUACGCGCGAUUAUCUUUGUCAUGGGUUUACGUAUCGGAAUGUUCUAUAUUUUUAAUGAUAUACUCGUGUUAGAUUAGGCCAUAUAUGGUUCUCUAAACUAUAAAGAUUAAGUGUUUUUAUUGUCAUUGUCGACAAAGUAAACAAAGAAGAAAAUAUAAUGGGUCUAAGGGAUGAUAUCAAAAUACGAUUUUUACGACGUAUGAAACUAUAAAACGACUUAAUCAAAAUAACAAGACAAAUGCAAGCAACGUGUUCAUGUCACUAAAAAUACUUACUAAGAAAUCAAUUUUUCAAAUUUGUCUGUGUUUGUUCGUAGAAAGAAAGAGAAAUGAGAUAAGCGAGGCUGAUUUUUUAAAAAGCGCGUCAAAAUGAAUCUCGCGACUCGAUAAGAAUGAUAAAACGUCCAUAUCUGCGAGCGCGGCAAGUACAACGCGCCACGCAAACCUGUCCGUGACAGGAUUUAUAACUGUACCUCCAAUAUGUAUUUUAUCUUCACUAGUAAUCGUUUUUACUCGUCGUCUCUUUCAUUUCGUUAUAAUCAUGAUUUUUUUAUUUCUCGAUGAUUUUGAAUAAUCAUCAUUUUUUUAUUUAAUCCAUUGUAUUCGAAACGAGAGACUGAGGUGCGUGAAAGUUAAGCGUUCCCGCGUGUAGUUCUGUAAAAGUAACGCCCGAAUCGAUCGACUCAAUCACUCAAGCGUCCUAGUAUUAAUUGUGCGUUUUUUUGUUUCAUUUUAUUAUUUAACUUUGCGUAGCCUCACAGGCACUCCGUGCGAUCUAUGCACGUGGGCGCGUGAUAUUAACCAAAUAAUUUUUACGUAGCACGUAGAGUAUUAGCGUAUCCGAGGCUUAUAUAAGAUUAUAAAAGUGAAAAAAAAAAUGACGAGAAGAAAAAUAAAAUACACACACAUGCAUAUGUAAUAUUUUGCCAGAGUAUAAGCGAGCGCAUAAUCCCUAUUUUUGUAUUAUUUCUGCAAGCGAUAUAUAAGUAAAAAUUGAACAAUACGCCUGCUAUACCAUACCAUAAUAUCUAGAUAAGAUAUAUCCAGAUGCAUUGUAUAAACGUGUUAGACGUUUGUAAUUAUUUUGACAAAAUUUGUGCAAUUUCAGUAACAAUAAUGAAAAAAAUAAUACACAACAGCAUGGUGGCCUAAAAAAACGACGAGAAAUUCGAUAGUUCACGCAUAGCAGCGCUAUUUUUGUAUGCGUCAACGUAUUAAAAACGAGCAAUGAAAGUUUCCUCACCGAUUAGUUGUAUUCAUAUGCUUAACCACGCGCACGUAGUCCCUUUGAAUUGAGCAUCUUUUGCCAAAACAAUUAUGAUCGUUGGUCGGUAAAGCACAGCUGUUUUGUCUACUUUGUUUCCUUUAUAAUUGCGUUCCUCCUUUACUAUAUCGGGGCGCGUCAGUUUCUUCCUUUCACCUUCAAUAAUUCUUUGAAACAUUUCAUUGACGUGAAUUAGAUUUAGUAACUGAGAAGAAAGGAAAAAAUUGAUAAAAAAGAUCGACACUCGUGAUUAUAUAAACAAGUUCAACAGAGUGCAAAAGAGAUUAUAAGGAAGGCGCGCGACGUCUUGCGAAUCGGCGAUCAACAAGUUGACGAACUGCCAAUUACCUAGAAUUAAUCAAUAAGCAGGAGUAAAAUUAUUAAACGAUAUAAGGAGACUAAUGAAAAAAGUAUCAAUAAUAUAUAUAUAUAAAUAUAUAUAUGCGAAUAGUGUAACUGCUGAAACGCCGCUAUUUAGAUGACACGUUAGGAAUUGCCGAUACGCCAGACGGCGACGUGUUCUCGCGACGCUUGACGCGUAAAAUCUGCUACGUAAGAAGAUUAACUAUAUUUAAUGUAACUAUUGUCUAAAGGAUGUUGUUAAUUUGUAUUAAUAAUUACUUGUAUGUCGCAGUAAUGGCGAGGAGAACAGAACGCAAGAUUAACGAGUAAUGAGCAGGAAAUAAAGAGAUAAUAUCUAAGGGAAUUUCCUUCGACUUUUAUUCUGUCAUUGUUACCUAUUUCAGCGAAAUACAUUUUCUUCACUGAGUUGAUAUUUCUGC